AUGCUCCCCGUACCCCGGAGCCACCGGGCGGGGAGGGCCGGGGCGGUGCCGCUGCAGGGACCGUCCCUUCCCCUGGCCCCGCCGGGGCGGGCCGGUGCCGGUGCCGGAGCCGGGGCCGUGCCGGUGCCCGGGGCCGAGGGCGAGGAAGCGGCGGUGUCGCGGCCGGUGCUCACCGGGCUCAGCACGCAGAGCCCCCCGCCCGGCAGCGUGGUGAGCCGAGCGGACACGGUGGUCAGCCUCGUUAACGUGGUGGAGCAGGAGCGGGACCUGCUGUCCCCCAAGCCCUACUGGAAGGAGUUCAGGUUCGACCUGGCGCAGGUGCCGGCGGGAGAGGCCGUGACGGCCGCCGAGUUCCGCAUCCACAAAGCGCGGGCUGCGCCCAGGCACGGCAACUGCAGCCUCCAGCUCCGCGUCUACGAGGUGGCCGGGCAGCACCCCGGCAGGGAACCCGACCUGCUGCUGCUGGAUGUGCAGGAGCUGCGCGCUGGCGCGGAGGGCUGGCUGGUGUUUGAUGUCACAGCUGCCAGCAGCCACUGGUCAGUGGGUCAGAAACACACCCUGGGGCUGCGGCUCUACGUGGAGACAGACGAGGGGCACAGCGUGGAUCCAGGCUCAGCUGGGCUCCUGGGGCGCCGGGGACCCCGCUCCAAGCAGCCUUUCAUGGUGACAUUUUUCCGGGCCAGCCCCAGCCCCUCCCGUGUCACACGAGCAGCCAAACCCCCGAGGAGGCGACAGCCCAAGAAAUCCAACGAGCUCCCCCACCCGAACAAGCUCCCAGGGAUUUUUGACGAUGUCCACGCCACGGACGGGCGGCAGGUCUGCCGGCGCCACGAGCUCUACGUCAGCUUCCAGGACCUUGGCUGGCUGGACUGGGUGAUUGCUCCACAGGGGUACUCAGCCUACUACUGCGAGGGGGAGUGUGCAUUCCCUCUGGACUCGUGCAUGAACGCCACCAACCACGCCAUCCUGCAGUCCCUGGUCCACCUGAUGAAGCCUGAGGCCGUGCCCAAGGCGUGCUGUGCCCCCACCAAGCUCAGUGCCACCUCUGUCCUCUACUACGACAGCAACAACAACGUCAUCCUCAAAAAGCACCGGAACAUGGUGGUGAAAUCCUGCGGCUGCCACUGAGGGACAGGUCCCACCCCACCCCUGAGGGUCCAAAUCCUGUCCCUGGAUGUCCCAUUCCUGUCUCUGGAUGUUCCAUCCCCGUCCCUGAGAGUCCAAAUCCCGUCCCUGAGUG